AUGGCGUUCUUCAAUGGCUGCGCUUCGUCGGUGUCUGACGAAGCCACAGAGUUUGUAAUCGCCAACACUGCUAGCCACACCUUAGCGGCGCCUCCACGCACUCCCCUCCUUCGAUCAGGCGCAUUAGAGGCCUCUUCCCCAGGAGGAGGACUUGAUCCUCAACAGAUUGGACGCGUCUUAACCGUCGCCGUCUCUGAGAUCGGCGAACAUGUUAAAUCUGGUGGCGAGUUGCUGUGGCGCUCUGCUGUAUCCGCGGCAGGGCAUGCGCUGGCUGCUUCUCCGACAGCCUUGGGGGUUCGCUGUGAGCUGCCUGUUGCUGCGGCUAGCUCAGCUAGCGCUAGCGGAGGCGGCAGAGACGUAGCUGCCGCUGCACAGGACGGCUCCUCCAGAGUGUGGGGGGAUGCCAACUUCUCCCUGGUCCUGAAGGAACGCAAACACAACGGCGAUAAAGCGGGGAGACUUGUGGCUGCUGCAUAUGCUUUGGACGAGAAUGGAGAGACCUCUUUAGAGGUCACCGCAGAAUGCCGUUUCGCGUGGCGCCGUAACAAGGCUUCCGGAGUCUCCAUCCCUGUGGAGGGGGUGGACGGAAACACAUAUCUCAUUAGCGGCGAUGACAUAGGGGCAUCUGUGGAGGUUUGUGCUACCCCCAAGACGUUCGGCGGCACCCUUACAGGUCGACGUUUCGCCUCUAUAGGGCCUUUUCAGGUGGAUUUGCGCACGAAGAUGCUCAUUCUCACCGCUCUCGCCAACGGAGGGACGCGAUUCUCGUGCACGCUAGCGUCACCUGCCGGGGAGGGUUCUGCUCAAGGAACCUCCCCUCCAGAAGUCUCGGUAGACGUCAAUCAGGAUCGCGUCAUUGUAACGCUGCAGCACGGGGAUAAUAUAUGUGGCGGCGUUACGGAUUCAGCAGGGCUGCAAGAAGAAGAGGGCGCUCGAGAGCUGAGCUGUCUGUACACCGCAAGUCUGCCAACUGUGGAAAUCGAUCCCACGUCGUCUAAGCGCUUCCAGCUACGCCUCUCCGAAGACACUUGCCUAAGCCUCUGUGCCUCUACACGACACCAGAGAGACCUGCUAGCGCUGUCUCUCAGGUGCUUUCAGAGCCGCGUCUUCGUCAGCACAUCCCUCAUCCUUGAUCGCGUUGCUCCUCGGCUGCCCUGCGAAGAUGGAGCUGAUUUAAGGCUUGCUGCUCAGCAGAGCGAUCCCCGUGUCGAUUGGUAUUGCACACUUCAUCUUCUCCAGACGGAGCUGCAAAGGGCGCAAGCUGUAGGCCUCCGGCUGUCGCGAGACUUUGCGCGAGCAGCCAAAGAGAAAGAAGCUCUUGAGGAAGAAAUGCAAAUGACCAUUAAAGCCUUCCAAAGUCAACUGGACAACGCGCUGCAGCAAGGCCAGCAACAGCAAGGGAGCACCAGCAACAACAAAGCCCUCGAGGAGGUGCAGGCGCAGUUGGAAAAAGCGACGACAGCGAAUGAAAGCCUCAAACGCGAACUGCAUCGAGAUGACGGGGAAACAAACAAGGAAAUGGCUUUCGAGAUCAAGCGGCUCAGAGCAGAAGUAGAAGAGGCCCAUCUCCACAAGUCUCGCGUCUCUUUGGAGCUUUCGGAAGCGCAUCGCGCGUUUGAGCAGGAACGGAAGCGUUUUUCGUCCGCAGUGCAGCAGCUGAAGGACCAGCUCAUGCAUGCAGAGGCCAGAGCGGACUGUCUCGCGGAGCAAGUGGCGGAGAUGAGAGUCUCCGAAUCUGGCACGGAGGAGCAGUUCGCUCAACGGACGGCUGCCCUCCAGCUUGCCGUGGAAGCGGCAGAGAAAGAAGCUGAGGAGGCCAAGAAGCAACUCGCAGUCGCAACCACGGAGAAGGAUGCCACAAGGGCAGAACGAAACAGGCUUCUAAAGCUUACAGACUCCCUCUCCAAAGAACUGGAGAGAUCCAAAGCGUCGAGUGACACUUCAGCAGCAGCCCUCCAGAAGCUGACGCAGAGCAACCUGCAGCUGCAGCAGGCGUCUCGAGAGCAGCAGCGCCAGCAGCAGCAGCAGGUGCAGCAGCUCGAGCAGCAGCAGCAGCAGCAGCAACAGAGAAUUAGAGAGCAGCAGCAACAAAUCCGUGAGGCUCACAAGCGUAACGAGGACUUGGCUGCCCGACUGCAUGCUGCAGAGGGCUUUGUGAGCAGCCUGAAGAAGGAAAAAACACAACUGGAAGGCGGCAUGCUCGUACUCCAGCAGCAGUUGCUGCAGCUGCAGCAGCAGCAGCUGCAGCAGCAGCAGCACAAACACAGCACUGCGCAAGAGGCAACGGAUGGCGCUCAAACUCGUCUUCUUGCAGCGUCGAAGGAGGCCUCUAGAGACUCGGAAGAAACGGCCAGGCUCAAGGCGGAGAAUGAGAGUCUAAAGGCAAGACUCCGCAAAUUGGGGAGGCUGCGGGGGGCCCCCUCCUCAGCGACUCACGAGGAGACUGUGCCUCAAGAGCCGAAGCCAGAAACAGCUGCUCCCGAUGUCGGAAGAGGCACGCUUGCAAGCGUCGCAGUCUCUGGAGAAGAGGCAACUGCGGACGAAACAGCCGUCUCAACAAGGCCGACAAACUCCCCCGAGGAGGAGGAGGACGUCGUUGUCAUCGCCCCUUCUGGCGCGAGGCUGCUCCAUAAAACGCUCGUAGACGGGGAGGCUGAGAGGCCUUUUGAUGGCAGUUCUCUCGAGAUGCCGUCCCCCGCGGAAAUCCCCUCUUCGAGGUGGAGGGUGAAGCCUGAAGAAAAAGGCAGAAACGCACGAACGGUCAACACCGCCCAAGGAGACACUAAAAACGCACAAAGGAAGAGGCAUAGCAAGAGGGAAGUCGAACAACCCCAAAUUGGGUGUUCUGCUGCUGGCGGGAGCCUCAAAGCCUCUUUUUCCAUGAAUACAGUGCGAGAAACGCACGAACGGUCAACACCGCCUAAGGAGACACUAAAAACGCACAAAGGAAGAGGCAUAGCAAGAGGGAAGUCGAACAACCCCUUAUUGGGUGUUCUGCUGCUGGCGGAUGGUGGGACUCUUUCUCACCCCCAGCCAACGGAAGGAGAGUAA